AUGGCAUCCAACCCCCACGUCACGUCACGUGGCAGCGACGCAGCAUUCGAGAAAUAUCCAGACCUUCACGUUAGAUCCGUUGGACUGGUUGAGUUGAGGCGCCGAUCACAAAACUUCGUCCCAGGUUGUGUCAUUUCGCAUGGGCCAUCAACAUCCCCAGAAGGAAUGCGCUCAUACUCCGGCUGUUUGACAUGCAAAGGCCGGAAGUUGAAAUGCGAUGAGGCCAAGCCUGCUUGUGGGAACUGUAACAAAGCCUCUCGGGAGUGCACUUACGGAGAAAGCUCUAUUUUCCGUAGCCAAAAAAUUGGUUCAACACCCGGGCGCAAGCGAAGGAAAAGAAACCUGCGGGAGAAUGUGCCACCCACCAUCGAGGAGAGUCCUACUUGGGUAGAUGUUCCCACUGAACUUUCGUUUGUACAAAUUGAAGAUCCGUGGGCACCUGAUAGCUCAAAAGUUGUAAAGGAUGGUGAGACCGCCAUAGGCACAGAAGAAGCUCAUGUAGAUGGGGAGCAAUACCCUACAGGAGCAAAUGACCUUUCUGUCCACCAUGAAGCCCCAGAGAGUGUACAUUUCGAGCCUUCUCCACUUCAUCAUGCACCGAUAUUAGAUCACAGCACGCCUCGGGAAGAUACCUCUACCGUUCAGGUUGGCGAAGAAUUUGAUAUUGAUAUCUUCGACAAGGUCCUUGUGUCAUACUUGUUGCGGCAUUUUAAGCAAGGUCCAGGACAGUGGAUGGAUCUUUUUGACUCGUCUGCCUACUUCUCUUCCAAGGCGCUUGUGAUAGCAGCAUCAAACCCUCUUUUAAAGUCCGCAGUGUGUGCUCUUUCUGCAAAGCAUCUCAGGCACAUCUGUCAAACCACGAGCCAGGCUGGAGAAGGCCCUGGAAUCAUAUCCAGAUACCCUGGUCUUCCUUGGACGAACGUAGAAAUUUGGCGAUACAACUCGGCAAAAUACUACGACCAAGCUCUUGGUCACCUCAAAACCGCCGUUGACGUGGAGUCAUAUAUGAACAAUCUCUCGGAAAAGGAGGAAAUGCUCGCUGCCGUCGCAAUAUUGUGUGCGUUUGAGUUAAUGGACGCCCCUGGUAGUGCGUGGAGGGCUCAUCUGAGUGCAUUACCUCUUUUUAAUGAUAGGACUGCCUCCAUGUCAGACCUAUCAACGGUUGUCAUCCCUAGGACCGCUGUCAAGGGACCGAUAUUCUGGAGCCUUGCAAGACAAGACUUGUUAUGUGCCUUCAUAAGCGAAACCCAGACUCGACUGGACCUGAAAGACAUUCGUCUCUGGCAGAAUGCAGGCCUAGCCACCGAUGAACACGGAGAGCUCCUACCCUACAGCCCUCUAGAUGUGAUGGAGAACCAGAACUCUUCUGGGUUCGAAGAAGACAUGAAAAGCAACGAACUCACAUGGAUUCUCGGCAAGCUUGCAAACCACUUGACAGCCGGAGAUGCUUUGACUCCCGAGCACAACGCACUGCCACGCCACCAGCGGCUCUCAAUCGGUUUAAACCAAGAAUACCUCCUGGAAAGAUGGAAUCUACUGAUGACAGACUUAGGGAGAUGGCACGACUCCCUCCCGGCAUCCUUCUGUCCGACUGCUCGCACAAGAAGAUUAGGCCACGCAAGCCCAGGGCUUGAACUAAGCUUCAAUACCUUUGAGCAGAUCUGGUUCGACCUGCCCUUAUGUGCCGCAACAGUACAAAGCUACCACCAAGCGAAGAUAUUGCUAUUGGCGAACGAGCCACAAGAGUCGACCGCUAUUCGAUCGACUGUUUCCGCACGGUUGAGAUCAUAUCGACAUGCUCUCAGAGAAGUCAUAUACCAUGCUAGAGAAAUUUGCGGUAUUAGUCUUGCAAAUUCGACUGAUCCCUUCCGGGUCAACUCUGUGCAGGCUCUAUUUGUUGCCGGACAGGUCUUUCAGGAACAGCAUGAACAGGAUGCGGUCAUCGAAAUACUUUCUGGCAUUGAGCGAGAUCUUGGUUGGACUACGAGAUAUCAUGUCGCCAAGUUGAAUGAUGAAUGGGCACGAGGGAGGGAGGGUAAUCAUAUCGAUCGGGAUGAACAGGGUCAUGACCGCAAUUGGUUCAUUUCUUAG